AAUUCCUAACCAUCUUUAAUAUUUUUUUAGAAAAAAAUUUGAUGGCCAUCGGCCGACUGCAAUCACUUCGCCAUGUACUAUCGCGUGCUGUUUUUACUGGUGUGAUCGCGUAAAUCGAUUUUCCUUGGAAUAAAAUUCUUGCAUUAAAUGUUUUUUUAUUCUCACCAUUUUGUCUCCGCCUUCGGCUUCCGAAAUUCUGCACAGUUUCGUCGCAAGAAAUAAGAAUCUUAAGUAGAAAUCAGUGGUUCCUCUCUCUCUCCUAGUCUCUGUUCUACUUCGUCUACUCUAGAUUUAUAAGGACUAUAGUCUCCUAUCCAACUUAAGCCCUCGGUGGAACUGAAGUGGAAGUGUACCCACCGUCGGCAUAAACAAAAUCCACUCUUUGGGGCAAGUGAUGCAGUCAGGUUUGAGUUUUCACUUUGGCAAAUUGCGCCAGGAUGCUCAGAACAGAUGGCUGAAGAAUUCAGAAGUUCUUUUUAUAUUGCAGAACCAUGAGAAUCUCCCAAUUGAGCAAGAAACUCCUGACAAGCCAACUAGUGGUUCUUUGUUCCUUUUCAACCGCAGGGUUCUUAAGUUUUUCCGGAAGGAUGGGCACAUGUGGAGGAAAAAGAAGGAUGGUAGAGCAGUUGGUGAAGCCCAUGAACGACUUAAGGUCGGGAAUGUUGAUGCUCUAAAUUGUUACUAUGCUCAUGGGGAGAAAAAUCGUUACUUUCAGAGGCGAAUUUAUUGGAUGUUGGACCAUGCUUAUGAUCACAUUGUUCUUGUUCAUUACAGAGAAGUUUCUGAGGGAAGAUUUCUUCCUCCAAUAGAUUCUCAGCAAACGCAAGAGCCAUUAUCUUCCCGGAAUGGGAAUUCCAGUGCGAAUAACAUUCAAUUUAGAAGGGUUCCUUCUGCAACUAGUGAAGUAUAUGAUUCUUGUGAAACCUCCUGCAGUCCUAUUUCUGGUGAAGCUAACUCCCAGCAUGUUGGAAAAGAUGUUGACACAAACCGGUCGAAUAUGUUCAAUACAUCAGCUAAUUCUGAUCCAUUAUCACAGCAAGAGAUCAAUCUAGCAUUACGCGAUCUUGAAGAGCAAUUAAGCUUGGAUAAGUAUGAUGAUAACGUACCAGUAGAUAUUUUGCCAGUCCAUACAGAUGAACAUAAAAACCUUGAGGAUUUAGCACUAAUGGAUAGUAAAACCUGGAAUUCCUUCCAGAAGCUCCAAGAAAACCUUACGCCAAUGAAAGAAUAUACAGGAUGUGAUCAAGGUGUAAACGGACAACUGAAGAGUCAUGACCGGAAAAUCUCUCCUUCUUGGAAUGAUAUGCUGGAACGCACAGAACUCGAUGCUCAUGGAAGAGCUUUUAAUGCCAUGGCACUUGCUAAUGGUUCCAAGCCUUCCACAAUUAAUGCAGCUGGGGCUUAUCAUCAUGGCAUUGAGAAUGAAUUCAAGCAUGGAAGCCAAUUUUCUUCAGAGAACAUAUUUGAUGCUCAAUUGGAACAAAUUAGUUGGCAGCAUCCAGGACGUGCAGGAAAUUACGCAGGACGUAUUGCUGAUGGAAGUGACAUAAAUAGACUGUUAUUUUUAGGACUAGGUAGUCUCGGGUCGCCUGAUUCUGUUGUCGAUCUAGCGGCAGGGGAGCUAUAUAAUGCUCCAGGCACAACUGGUGAUGGACGAAACUCCAAUGAAGUGUCAGUCCAAAAAGAAAAUGGCAUCGACUACAUGGGUAAUGUUGAUUUGUAUGAUAGGAAUAAUGCAUAUUCUUCAGAUUUGUUGGGGAUGUAUUCUGAUCAAGGCCAACAUGGAUCCUCCAUUGCAGAAGAACCAUGUUUAACAGUGCCUCAUAAGCUACUAUUCAGGAUUCGUGAGAUCUCGCCAGAAUGGUCCUUUUCUUUUGAGAGAACAAAGGUUAUCAUCACCGGAGACUUCCUAUGCAAUCCUUCAUCACGUUCUUGGGCAGUAAUGUUUGGUGAGGUUCAAGUACCUGCAGAAAUUAUUCAGGAAGGAGUUCUACGUUGUCAGGCACCUGAGCAUUCUUCAGGAAAGGUUGCUCUGUGUAUAACAUCUGGAAAUAAAGAAUCAUGCAGUGAAGUUCGGGAGUUUGAGUUUCACUCCAAAUCUGUUACUAGUUCAUUGGAAACUUCACAUCUUGUGAAUGCAACCAUAAAUUCUGAAGAGCUUUCAUUGCUUGUAGAAUUUAUUAAUGUUCUGUUAUGUCGAUCUGAUGAAUUGUCAGUUUCCAAAGGUGCAGAACCAAAAGAAACUGAAUGCCGCAGAAAGUUAAAAGCAGCAGAGGAUCAAUGGUUUCAAUCUCAUGAACUCCAAACUGAGAUUUUGCCGGGCGCCAUAGAUGGGAUACUUCAAGAACUAAUAAAAGAUAAGUUCCAGCAGUGGCUAUCGUCUAAAACAAAUGCAAAGGAAGAUGGAAGCUGUUUGCUCUCCAAUACGGAGCAACACAUUAUCCACAUGAUUUCUGGUUUGGGAUAUGAGUGGGCUUUGAAGCCAAUUCUCGAUGCUGGUGUUGGCAUAAAUUUCCGAGAUGCUAAUGGAAGGACCGCCCUUCAUUGGGCUGCACGUUUUGGAAGGGAAAAGAUGGCUGCUGCACUACUUGCAACUGGUGCAUUUGCUGGAGCAGUAACAGAUCCUACCCCACAAGAUCCUGUGGGUAAAACUGCUGGUGCUAUAGCCGCCGCUAGUGGUCACAAUGGUCUUGCUGGAUAUCUUUCAGAAGCUUAUCUGACCGAUUAUCUCUACUCAAUCAAGGGGUUGACGGUUGUGGAAGAUGAAAAAAUAGUAGAAAGCAUAUCUGAGAGAAGUGCAUCGGUACAAGUUGGUGAAACAGAAGAUGCACUUUCACUUAAAGAUUCUUUAGCAGCGGUCAGAAAUGCUGCCCAAGCUGCAGCUCGAAUCCAGGCUGCUUUUCGUGCUCAUUCUUUUAAGAAGAGGCAAGAAAAAGAAGCUAUGAAUCGUGAUGAAUAUGGAAUGACUUCAGAAGAAAUGCAUUGCCUCGCGUCAUCUAUCAAGAUCCAAAAGACACUUAACAGUUAUCCUGAUCAGAAGCUUGAUAAAGCAGCCCUAUCAAUACAGACGAAAUAUAGAGGUUGGAAAGGUCGAAAAGCUUUCCUAAGUUUCCGUCAACGUGUAGUGAAGAUUCAGGCUCAUGUGAGAGGUCAUCAGGCCAGAAUGAAGUAUAAAGAAUUGCUUUCAGCAGUUAGUGUGCUUGAAAAGCUUAUCCUAAGAUGGCGCAGGAGGGGUGUUGGUCUUAGAGGUUUUUUGCUCAAAUCAGACAUAGCUGAUGAGGGCGAAGAAGAAGACAUAAUCAAAGUUUUCCGCAAACAAAAAGUGGAUGCUGCCCUUGAACAAGCACUCUCGAGGGUUCUUUCUAUGGUGGAAUCUCCUAGAUCAAGGCAACAGUACCGUCGUAUGCUGGAAUGCUAUUGCCAAGUUAAGGCUGAACAACAAAGUGCUGAGGAAGCAAUACCAAGACUGAGAGAUUAUUUUGAACUGGUCGAAGAUGAUGAGUUUCUACACUGGCUCCAAGAGGAUCAACUUUAAGACCAGAGAAAAUUUAGCUCUUGCUGGAGUCACAAAUAAUCUUGGUAUUAGAUGGCUUCCAUAACAUUCAAUAGCCAUUUUUGUACAAAUUACGCAAUAUAUAUGUAAAAAAGCUGUUGCUGCUUGUGUGUGUGUUGAAUAAGCUUAAGCAAAAUUGUUCCAUCUGCUACUGUACUUAGUGCAUGGAAGUUAUUCAUGCACAUUGAUGAAUACAGAGGAAAUAUGCUAUAUAAUGCUAUAGUAGUUCAGUCUGUACAAACAAAUUCUUCAUAAGCGUGAAUGAUUCUUGUAGAAAAGGAAAACAAAAGUUUGUUAUUGCUGUCUUGAA